AUGUUUUGUCGAACUUCAAAGGGCGCCUAUGAUAGGCGUGACGAAACCCAAGUAUAUAGAAAUCGAAAAAGAAUCUAUUCUAUCUAUCUAUCUAUCUAUCUAUCUAUCUAUCUAUCUAUCUAUCUAUCUAUCUAUCUAAUUCUUUCUUUCUUUCUAUCAGUGACUGAAGCAAUAACAGUGUCAUAUCUCCAUCUAUCUAUCUAUCUAUCUAAUUCUAUCAUCAUAUCUAUCUAUCUAUCUAUCUAUCUAUCUCUAUCUCUCUCUCUCUCUAUCUAUCUAUCUCUCUCUAUCUAUCCAUCCAUCUAUCCAUCUAAUUCUAUCUAUCUAUCUAUCUAUCUAUCUCUCUCUCUCUCUCUCUCUCUCUCUCUCUCUCUCUAUCUAUCUAUCUAUCUAUCUAAUUCUAUAUCUAUCUAUCUAUCUAUCUAUCUAUCUAUCUAUCUAUCUAUCUCUCUCUCUCUCUCUCUAUCUAUCUAUCUAAUUCUAGUCAUAUCUAUCUAUCUAUCUAUCUAUCUAAUUCUAGUCAUAUCUAUCUAUCUAUCUAUCUAUCUAUCUCAUCUAUCUAUCUAUCUAUCUAUCUACCUAAUUCUAUCAUAUCUAUCUAUCUAUCUAUCUAUCUAUCUAAUUCUAUCUAUCAUAUCUAUCUAUCUAUCUAUCUAUUCUAUCAUAUCUAUCUAUCUAUCUAUCUAUCUAUCUAUCUAUCUAUUUACGUAUUUCUACCGGAAUCUAUCUAUCUAUCUAUCUAUCUAUCUAUCUAUCUAUCUAUCUAUCUAUCUAUCUAUCUAUCUAGGCCUCACUCAGAUAAUUAUUCUUCAUGUCCUUUUUUAUCUCACAUUGUUAUCUACUUGUCAUCAUUUUUCGGCUUCAUUCUUCAAGUUUUAUCCUUUCCUCUCACAAACUUCUUCGUUUUCUUCCUGCCAGUCUUCUUUUCCCCACAUUUGUCCCUUUUUUUCUUCUUUCCUUUUUUCAUUUCAGUCGCAUCCAUUUGACUUCAAAUUUGUAUUUCUAUUUAUAAUUCAUUCUUUGCUCUUCCCUUGCUUCUUUUUCUUCUCUGCAUUCUAUGUUCCUCCCACUUUCUUUAAUUUCCUUCCUUCCUUCCUUCCUUUAAUUUCUUUCAUUUCUUCCUUCCUUUCAUUGUUUCCUUACUUUUCUUUUAUGCCUCGCUUGUUUCCUUCUUGCUAUUUACUCCUUCCUUGCAUUUUAUUCAUCAUUCCUUUCUUUUUCUUUCUUUCUUCAAAACAUUCUCAUUAUUUCUUUUUUUAG